AGAGGUCGAAGUGGAGAGGUCUGUCCCCAGGAUUUCACGCCGCUGUGCAUAGUGCUUUGCUAAAUGACAGUAGCGGAGGGACCCUGCAGUUGAGCUGAAGUGUGGAAACUACGGAAAUAAAUCCACAAAAAUACCGACGGGGUAGUAGGAUCCACGUUUACCGAGGGCCGGGAGAGGAGCAGUUAGAUCCCUGGAUGCCCCCCGGUGCCUCUCCCUCCGCCACGCGGUGCUCCCGCCUGAUGGCAGCCAGCUGACCCCGUCCCCGAGGAUGACGGUUCGAGAGAAGCUGCGUGAGAAGAUCUCCGCUGGCUUCUACAGGCACGGCCUGCUGUGUGCCUCCUACCCUGUCCCCAUCAUCGUCUUCACCGCGGUAUGCAUCCUGACCUGCUGUUAUCCCCUGCUGAAGCUCCCUCUGCCAGGGACGGGGCCAGUGGAGUUCACCACAGGCGUGCGAGACUACACCGUCCCCUCCCAUGAGUCCCAGGGAGAUCUGGGGGAGCGUCCAGAGUGGUAUCGGGGUCCUCCGGUGGCCUAUAUCCAGCAGGUCCUGGUCAAGGCAGCCGUCUCUCCCUGGGACAGCAAGCUGGUUCCGGUCGAUGCCUUCCGUUCUCCGCUGGGGCGUGUGUUCACCCUGCUGGAGGAGAUUCGCAACCACGUGCACUCGGACAGUUCCGGGGUGCGAAGCCUGGAGGCGCUAUGUUUGCAGGUGACGGACCUCCUGCCAGGGUUGCGCCGCAUGCAGGCCGUUUUGCCAGAACAUGGCUGCUUGCUGGUUUCUCCCGGAAACUACUGGCAGAACCAGCGGGAGCUGUUCGACUCCGACCCAGACCUCCUGAAGACCGUCCACCAGCAUGAGCCCAAGGGUCUGCACACCUCCGCCACACUGAGAGAUCUGCUGUUCGGCGUCCCGGGGAAGCUCAGUCUCUACAGCAGGAAGCGGGUGGUCAGCUACACCAUCACCAUGGCCCUCAGCAGCUACGACGCCAGGUUCCUGGGCAGUCUGCGGGCCCGUCUGAAGCAGCUGCACCCCUCACUCAACUGCAGCCUGCGGGAGGACCACCUGGUGCACGUGCACUUCAAAGAGGAGAUCGGCAUCGCAGAGCUCAUCCCCCUGGUCACCACCUACAUCAUCCUGUUCGCCUACAUCUACUUCUCCACGCGCAAGAUUGACAUGGUGAAGUCUAAAUGGGGUCUGGCCCUCGCUGCUGUGGUAACGGUGCUCAGCUCCCUCCUCAUGUCUGUGGGGUUGUGCACCCUCUUUGGCCUGACGCCCACGCUGAAUGGGGGGGAGAUCUUCCCCUAUCUGGUAGUUGUCAUUGGGCUGGAGAAUGUGUUGGUCCUUACCAAGUCGGUGGUGUCGACACCUGUGGACCUGGAGGUCAAACUGCGCAUUGCCCAGGGCCUGAGCAACGAGAGCUGGUCUAUCAUGAAGAACAUGGCCACGGAGCUGGGCAUCAUCAUCAUUGGCUACUUCACACUGGUGCCUGCCAUCCAGGAGUUCUGUCUAUUUGCUGUGGUGGGCCUGGUCUCUGAUUUCUUCCUCCAGAUGUUCUUCUUCACCACAGUGCUGUCCAUUGACAUCCGCCGCAUGGAGCUGGCAGAUCUGAACAGGCGACUACCGGCCGAGGCAGGGAUGCCCCCCCCCAAACCGGGUCCCCUCCGCCCCCGCGAGGCCCCUCCACCUCCCCGGCCCUCCCCCCACACCAUCACUCUGCAAACCCCCGCCUUCCGCAACCUGCGCCUUCCCAAGAGGCUGAGGGUGGUGUACUUCCUGGCACGCACACGUCUGGCCCAGCGCAUCAUCAUGGUCGGCACGGUGAUUUGGAUUGGGAUCCUGCUCUACACGGAUCCGGCGGGGCUGGGCACCUACCUGGCGGCCCAGGUGUCGGAGCAGAGCCCCCUGGGAGAGGCAGGGCUCCCGCACAUGGGCGUGGCCCCCGUGUUCCCCGGCGGGGACCCCACCAGCACUCUGAGCGUCCUGCCGGCCCCCGAGCCCACCCCCCUCCCCGAAAACCAGUCCCAGGGCCACGGGCCCCCCGGACCCGUCCGCUCCGUCCCCACUAACGCACAGAUCAGCUGGGGCCCGGAGGACGAGGAGGUGUGGAGGCGCCUGUCCUUCCGCCACUGGCCCUCCCUCUUCAGCUACUACAACAUCACCCUGGCCAAGAGGUACAUCAGCAUCCUGCCUGUUAUUCCUGUGACGCUCCAUCUGAGCCCCCAGGAGGCUCUGGAGACACGCCACCCCCAGGACACCCGCCACUCUCCCCGGCCCGAGCUCAGCCUGCCCCCUGGCCCACAUGGGACCAUCCUACAGACAGACCUCACUCUGUACAAGGUUGCGGCUCUGGGUCUUGCUGCAGGAGUGAUCCUUGUCCUCCUGCUCUUCUGCCUGUACCGGGUGCUCUGUCCCCGCAACUACGGGCAGAACGGGGUGCCCCACGGCCGCCGUCGCCGCGGCGACCUGCCCUGUGAUGACUACGGGUACUCGCCUCCCGUCAGUGAAAUCUCGCCUCUGCUGCUUCGUGGGCAUAGCAUGGAUAUUGAGUGUCUGGCCAGUGAUGGGAUGCUGCUGGCCAGCUGUUGCUUGGCGGGACAGAUCCGCGUGUGGGACGCACAGACAGGGGACUGUCUGACUCUCAUCCCAAACCACGGUCUGCGCAGGUGCAACAGCAGUGGAUGCUGGGAGCAGAACUGCUGGGAUGCGGUUGGUCUGGCUGAGCCAGAGAGCCUGGCUGGAGUGGAGGGGCUGGAGAUGGACGGGGCUCUGGUGGGGGCUGACGGAGCGGGCUACCCCCUGCGGAGGAGGGCCACCCCGUCACGCCCCACCCUGUUCAUAGACCAGCCUGACCUCACGCCCCUCAUCGAUACCAACUUCGGCAAGCAGCCCCCGUCCCAGGCGCUGCCCGACUCCGGGUUCGAUUUCGGGGGUCUGGUGGAGCGCGCUUAUCAGGAGCAUGAGCCUUCGCCCGCCCUGGGGUUCCCUCCGUCGCCCCCGGCGACCCAGCAGAGACGCCGCAGCCUGGGGGACUCCCCGAUUCUGCCCCCGGACCGCCCGUCCCCCAGCCCUCCGGACUGGGACAGCUCUGUGUGGGCCAUGGAGCUCAGGGGAAACCUCAUCGCAGCAGGGAGGAGCAGCGGCAAGCUGGAGCUGUGGGACGCAGUAGAGGGCAGUCUGCGGUGCAGUAAUGAAGACGGUGUGUCAGGGAUCACAGCGCUGGCCUUCCUUAAUAACAGGAUCGUAGCAGCCCGGCUCAAUGGCUCUCUGGACUUCUUCACAGUGGACAUCAAUAAGCCCCUGGGCCUGCUGCAGUAUCGUGGGACCCCCGUGCGGGGCAGCAUGCCCCCCUCGCCCUGCUACAGCAGUGAGGACGUGAUCAGCUGCCAGCUGACGCGCUCGGUGCAGUGCGCCCAUCAGAAGCCCAUCACUGUGCUCAGGGCCGCGGCAGGCAGGGUGGUGACGGGCAGCCAGGACCACACUGUCAGGGUGUACCGCUUGGAGGAUUCCUGUUGUCUCUUCACUCUGCAGGGUCAUUCUGGGGGCAUAACUGCCAUCUACAUCGACCAGACCAUGGUCCUGGCCAGUGGGGGGCAGGACGGGGCCAUCUGCCUGUGGGACGUCUUGACGGGCAGCAGGGUCAGCCAUGUUUAUGGUCACCGCGGCGACGUCACCUCCCUGGUCUGCACCACCUCCUGUGUGAUCAGCAGCGGGCUGGAUGACCUAAUCUGCAUCUGGGACCGCAGCACAAACAUCAAACUGUACUCUAUACAGCAGGAGGUGGGCUGUGGGGCCAGCCUGGGCGUGAUUUCGGAGAGCCUGCUGGUGACGGGGGGGCAGGGCUGUGUGUCCUUCUGGGACCUGAACUACGGGGACCUGCUGCAGACUGUGUACCUGGGCCAGAGCAGCGAGGGCCAGGGCGUGAGGCAGCUGCUGGUGCUGGACAACGCCGCCAUCGUGUGCGACUUCGGCAGCGAGCUGAGCCUGGUGUACGUGCCCUCCGUGCUGGAGAAGCUGGACUGAGCGCCCCGCUCGCCCCCUCAGACGAACAGUUUACCCCCGGGCACCCGGCAGCUGACGUCCAGACAAAGCCCAUUCCUCGAUUCCUGCUCUUUUAUUUCCAUCCCAGUUUCCCCCCUCCUGUAGACCUCUUUAAUAGCGAGAGGGGUGGGGUUCUGUCUCCAUAGCGAUGUGAUGUCAGCGUGGAUGGACAGUGGACAGUGGGGGAACGGGCUGGGGACUGACGCCAGGGCCCGGACCGGCCCCUGGGAGCAGGGCUUCUGCCGGCCCUCUCCUGCACGUGGCGACACUGCUGGCCCCGCUGGGUUUGUGCGUUUUUAGUGUUUUUGGGGGAGUCACCGCAGACGUUGCGGCUGAUGUCACUGGGGCUGCACUGUAGAGACCGCUCCCGUCUAGCCGGCCAGUGUGUGGCAGUGACGGUGGGGGCACGUGUGCGUCAGUUUGUGCGCACGUGCAAAAUAAUAUGAAUGUGUGUGUAUAUUCAGAGCCAGGGCAAAAACAAAACAAAAAAACUAAGAGCAAACAAUGCUGAAAAUGUAGAAUUGGGGGUGGGGUUGGGGGGUGGCUUGGGUAUUUGUGUAUACCCAGUCAUACAAAAAAAAAGGUUUGUGUGUGUCUGGGUGUGUGUUUGUCUGCUCCUGAAUGUUUUGUGUGUGUGUUUCUUUGUUUGUUUCUGUUUGUUUGCUAGAGCAGCAUAUUGUACUCAGCAAAACCUCCGGAGGGGGGCCGGGCGGUUAUUUUUUAAUGUCUGAAUUUAUUAUUUAUUAGAUACAUUUGAAAUAACACAUAAUUUUUAUGAAAUUUAAAAAACUCUAUAUUUUAAUAUGGGGAUGAUGUCAAAAAAGCAAAAUGUGCGAAACUGGGAUUUAUGGUGUAUAACAAUUACAUUUGGCAGUUGUAAUUAUAGUAAUAUUAAUAUUUAUGUCGAAGAACUGAGCUAGUUUGUUUGAAGGGGGAGCGAGAGGGGGGGAGGGGAGGGAAGAAUCCAGAAUCUUUGCACACAUCCUCCAGAGACCCAGUGACUGGCCCUGCCCAAUUGACCAGUGUUGUUUCAAACAAAUUUCAGUUAAUUCUAUACAGUAGUCCAUUUAGAGUUCCACUAAAUUUCCUGAUUAGGGCAAUGGUCUAUUCGCUAAAAAAAUUAAAGCAAAUUUCCCAGUUCGACAGUAAUGGGUUUAUUGCUGUAUUCAUAAGUACUGUUCACUGACAUUAGCAGACUAAGUUAAAGCUUGUUUAAGUUGAAGCUUUUCUGUAGGACAGCCAGUCGUUUGUUCACUUUAGCCGAUGAUUAAUUUCUCUUGGCCGUGCAGAUUACUGAUAGGCUGGAGGCCUCUGCGCUGCGUUAUAACCUGCUGUGGAUGGUGGUGAAUGUUCAGGGUGUCUUACUGUGCAUCAGGCAGGCGUCCACAUGUAGCCUCCGUUUCUCCUCCUUCAGAAGGACGGUCAUCGACUUGCACAAUGUUUUGCGAAGGAAAAAUGUGAUGUUUAUAGAAAGUUUGCUUUAUUUGCUUCAUUUAUUAUCAUUGUUAUUAGGGAUCGGUUCUACAAAGCUAAAUAUUAAUGUUGAAUAUAGCUCACAGGUCAUUUUAAUGAACAUCCCAUGUAGACAUUCUGGAUGUUUACCUGUGUGUGUGUGUGUGUGUGUGUGUGUGUGUGUGUGUGUGUGUGUACGGGAGAGAUGAUGGUCCUUUAAGACUGAUGUCCAACAAAGAACCAACAGCUCCUAUACGUUCUGAUCUGGCGCACUGGAGGUCUGUUCAGUAGUUCCUAAAGUACGUUGUCUCAUUUUCCUGUCUGUUGGCAAAGAGACAUCUUGAGUUUUUAUCUGAUGUUUCCUGGAGGACACAGGGAUAGUUGUGGUGUGACAGUGUUGCCCUUGCUUACUUUGUUGUUGACUCACUCCGUUAAUACCAGGAAGGGACAUUUCUAGCCCAUUCCCCUGGGCCACGUGGCAGCCCGAGUGACCCCCUCCCUCCCACUGUAUCACCGUGUGAAUGUACUAGAUCAGGGCCUGCCCUGCAAACAGAAUACAGAUUUAAGUGCAUUUCCACAAAAAGACACUCACAGGAUAACCACAAAUCCAUAUGUGUAAGGACACACGAAUGCCCCCAUAUUUUCUUUCAGGAAGACAAGAAUGCACUGAUAUACCCAUGUAUAUAUACUUCGUAAUGCACAAAUAUAUAAAAUUGAGAGAAACAUGGACAGACAGAACACAUACAUUCAACUGUUAGCAAACAUUAAAACAGGCAUGCAAGCAACACAUUUUAAACCUGUUUACAUGCAAACAUAAACUUGAAAUUCCGGACUCACUUGGUCAGACAUGCAUGCUUACUGGAAGUAAAGUAUACAAUUCAUUUGACAUGCACACCUACAAAUUUGAACGAGUAGAAAUGCACAACAGACCAAAAUGUCUGAUGUAAUGGUUAUAAUUUAUUAGUUUUUGAUGUAAAUAUUAGGUGAGGAAGCUUUAGAAAUGCUCUUUGAUUUGAGUGAGUUUUUAUUAGAUAAAAUAUUUGAUUAUUAUUUUUUAACUUUAUACUUUUUCAGACCUGGUUGUAAUUUUGGUUUCAUUGUGAAUUUUAUUGGAAGGGUGGGGUGACGUAAGAGUGCUUUUUCUGUUACUGGGUUUUCUUGCAAUCUACCAGAUAUCCAAAACCAGAAUCAGUUAUCCAAUUAACUCUGAUUACCCAUUGUAUCCCUGUCCAAGGAAACCUUGUCAUGCAUCUGAGGCCACCUUCUGGGGUUGUUGGUGGUUCUCUUGGGUAAACGGGGAGUAUGCUGGUGAUUAGCUGGUACUUGAAUCAUGGCUGGUCUGAAAUCAGGGCCCAUAUUAUAACCCAUUGUCUUUAGGUUCUGCCCAUUGUUAAUAUUCAACCCUUUUUGAGGACCACAGAUGACUGUGAUUGCUUGCAAUGAUGCAGAGUGUUGCAUGUUUCGGUACCAUUCAUCUGGUGCGUAAGGUCUCCCGUGGCAAUACUAUUGGACGGUUACCGAGUGUAGUGAGGUGUCACAUGCCUGGCACGGAACUAGACCUGCAGCAAGGCUGAUUAAGCAAAACCUGAUUGGGCCUCAGCAAAGUUGGG